AUGUGGGUUUACAAAAUCAAGUAUCACUCUAACGGGAGUAACGAACGAUAUAAGGCAAGACUUGUGGUGUUGGGAAAUCGACAAGUUGCUGGUCAGGAUUUUGCCAAAACUUUUGCACCGGUUGUCAAAAUGACAACGGUUCGCGCCUUGUUACGCAUUGUGAUGGCAAAAAAUUGGGAAGUGCAUCAAAUGGAUGUGCACAACGCUUUCCUUCAUGGUGAUCUCCGUGAAAAGGUGUAUAUCAAGCUUCUGCAAGGUUUUACAUAUUCAGCUCCGAAUAAAGUGCUUCGCUUACACAAAUCUCUUUACGGUUUGCGGCAAGCACCACGAUGUUGGUAUGAAAAGCUAUCUAUGGCUCUCACUAAGGCCGGUUUUGUUCAGUCCUAUUCUGACUACUCUUAUUUUACUUACUCACGUGGAAGUGUAAAGAUUCAAGUUUUAGUUUACGUUGAUUAUCUCGUUGUUUGUGGUAAUGAUGGUGAGGCCAUUCGCAAGUUUAAGAGAUAUCUCGGGGAGUGUUUCCGUACGAAAGAUUUGGGAAAACUUAAAUAUUUUCUCGGCAUUGAGAUUGCCCGUAAUGAAGAAGGUUUUCUGUUGACACAAAGAAAAUAUGCUUCGGAUAUUGUCAAUGAAACAGGGUUGCUGGAUUCACGGCCCACUACUACACCAAUGGAGCAAAACCAUCACUUAGCUACGGAUAGUAGUCCUUACAUUCCGGAGCCCGCAUCGUAUCGAAGACUCGUUGGUCGUCUCAUUUAUCUUGCCAAUACUCAACCUGAUCUUUCUUAUUCUGUUCACAUCUUGUCCCAAUUCAUGCAGAAGCCGACAGAGAGGCACAUGGAUGUUGUAUCCUAUCUUAAAGGAACAGCUGCGAAAGGUAUUUUACUUAGUUCUCGUGCAGACUUGCAACUCUCGGUUUAUUGCGAUGCCGAUUGGGGGACUUGUCCGCUAUCUUGUCGUUCUUUAACUGCAUAUGUUGCUUUGCUUGGUGGGUCUCCUAUCUCUUGGAAGACUAAGAAACAAAAGGUGGUGUCGCAUGUCGUCUUGUGA